GGUAGGUGUAGGAGAGUGUUUGGAAUCAUUUUGUUGUUAUUCAUUUGAGCUGGUUGCAGGGACCCCAGGUCGCAGCAUUAUCAUCAGGCCGGCGCCAUGAAUUCGCUGGGACAUUCACCCAACGCCAAGCUCGACAAAACGAUCUUGGAGAAGUACCUUAGGCUCCCGCAACCGGAGGACAAGCUCCAGGUGACAUAUAUUUGGAUUGAUGGAACGGGAGAGCACGUAAGGGCGAAGGACCGCACCCUUAACUUCCUGCCAAAGUCACCCAAAGACUACCCCAUCUGGAACUACGACGGCAGCUCCACGUACCAGGCCGAGGGAUCCAACUCAGACACGUUCCUGAACCCUGUGGCGGUAUACAAGGACCCAUUCAGGCCCGGCGCCAACAACACGCUGGUGCUGUGUGACACAUACAAGUACAACAAGGAGCCCACCGCCACAAAUCAUCGACGUACAUGUCUGGAGGCAGUAGAGAGAGCUGUGGACACAAAACCCUGGUUUGGGAUAGAACAGGAAUACACCCUUCUGGACUCGGAUCUCCGACCAUUUGGUUGGCCUGCCAAUGGCUUCCCAGGCCCUCAAGGACCAUACUACUGUGGUGUUGGGGCUGAUAAAGUAUAUGCUCGGGAAAUCGUAGAAGCACACUACAGAGCAUGUCUGUAUGCUGGCAUUGAUAUUGCAGGCACAAAUGCUGAAGUAAUGCCUGCUCAGUGGGAGUUUCAAGUCGGACCAGGAGAAGGAAUCAAGUGUGCGGAUGACCUUUGGGUUGCACGGUAUAUCCUACAUCGUAUUGCUGAGGAGUAUGGGGUUAUUGUAACAUUUGACCCCAAGCCCAUGACUGGUAAUUGGAAUGGUUCAGGGGCCCACUGCAACUUCUCUACUUUAGCCAUGCGGGAAGAGAACGGCAUCAUAGAGAUUGAGAAGGCAAUUGACAAGCUGUCGAAGCAACAUCUACGUCAUAUUCAGGCCUAUGACCCAAAGGGAGGGAAGGACAAUGUUCGCCGUCUGACUGGACAUCAUGAAACCUCUUCCAUACAUGAUUUCUCUGCUGGUGUUGCAAACCGUGGUGCCAGUAUUCGUAUCCCUCGUGGCGUUGCCGAGGAUAAGAAAGGUUAUCUAGAAGAUCGUCGGCCCUCAUCAAACUGUGAUCCAUAUUCUGUGUGCAAUGCUCUGAUCCGUACUUGUAUACUGGAUGAGUAGAGAAAAGACAUUUUCAAGUGUUACCAGUCGUAUUGGUAGGAGACAACAUCACUAUUAAGAAUUACAUGCUAUGUAUUAGUUUUAUUGUAUGUUUAUGUAUUAUUUUAAAGUGUACAUCUGAAAUAUUUUAAAAUACACUUCAUAGAUGUAGGCAUCCUGCUUACAAUAGGGGCAUUUCGUCAUCCUGAGUGUGAGAUGGUAUUCAAUACUUGGAGUGUGUAAUACAUCACUUCCGUGCCAUGUAAACAUUUCUUGUAAGAUGUAUAUCUAACCAGUGCAGGAAUUUCAUUCCAGAGCCACAGUUCUGCACAAAUCAUAAUGUACAGUUUCCCUUUAUUUGUUUUGAAGCAAUAAUUGUAGUGUUGGGCAGACUGGUGUUAAGACUCCAGUGAGACACUUUACAGAAAGAAAAAGGGACGAUGUUUCUCAGCAUUUUAGGUAGGCUAUUCUGCAGAAAGAAAUCUUUAUGGAUGUAACAGGAGAACAAAGAAAAUCACAUUUUUAGCUAAACUGUGGUUCUUGCAUUUUUAACUGUGAAGCAAGAUUGGAAGCACUUGUGUAUUCAUUUCAUUUACAAAGAGUGCCUAUUAUCAUAAACAUAAAUUUUAUAUGAAUUUGUUGUUUUUAUUUUUAAGUAGGGGAAAUAGAUAUUUUUACAGAUUCAGUAACCCUGUGUCAACUAUAGAGCAAUAAUUUCCUUUAUUUCUGUAUUCUGGCCUAGUUCACUUAGAAGAGAGAGGAUCUUCCUCUUUCUACAUGACAAUUCAUGUGAACAACUGUGCCAUUUACUUUUUUCUGCCCCCCCCCCCUCCCACCCCGGUACAGACUGACACAGUAACUGAAGUUAAGAUUCUCCAAAACAACUCUUGUACCCUUAUACUCCUUAAGCAUGCUUCAGGAUUCAAAUGUCAAAUCAACAGAAGAUACAACUUCUGUCAUAAAUAUUGUUUACCUACUUAGUAUUAAAAUAAUUUUGAAAUACAUAUUUAUUCCUUUAUA